AUUGUCUUGGGGAUGAAAAGGAGAAGUCCUUGCUGAUGGACAGAAUGGCCGGUCUUCCCAUGGAUUCUGGUCCCUCUCCAGUUUCUAGUGAUGCCAUCUCCUCUCCAGAUGAUGACAACUGGAAUCUUGAAAGUAUUACUUUCCCAGAACAAUUUGCCUGGGGCUCAGCAACAGCAGCAUAUCAGAUUGAAGGAGGCUGGGAUGCAGAUGGAAAAGGCCCCAGUGUUUGGGACACGUUCACCCAUCAGGGAGGAGAUCGGGUUUUCAAGAACCAGACUGGUGAUGUAGCUUGUGGCAGUUAUACUCUGUGGGAGGAAGAUUUGAAAUGUAUCAAACAGCUUGGAUUGACUCAUUAUCGCUUUUCUCUUUCCUGGUCACGUCUGUUACCUGAUGGGAUGACAGGUUUCAUCAACCAGAAAGGCAAUUGUUCCUUUAAAAUAGAAACUUGUGCUGCCUUAAUUCAAGGUUAUUGCUGCAGUCUGGCAUAAUUAAUCCAGUGUUCUAGUCUGCAGCGGAGAUUUGAAAUGGCAACUUUGUUCACAGUAAUUAUGGGAUAAUCUUGAUUUAUAUAUUAAAAAAAUCUUGGCCUAAUUAAUAUUCCAGUGUAUUCCUGAUAAUA